CCCUCGGGGCUCAGCCGCUUCCGGAGACGUGUCUGGAACGGGGAAAUGGCGGCCGGGGCGGGCGCGGGUCCCGCCGGGCAGGGCGGCGAGGCGGAUGAGCUUUUUGACGUGAAGAACAGCUUCUAUAUUGGGGCUUACCAGGCCGCCAUCAACGAGGCGCAGAGGAUCAAGCCGUCCAGCCCUGAGAAGGAAGCGGAGAGGGACGUUUUCUUGUUCAGAGCCUACAUUGCCCAGAGAAAAUAUGGUGUGGUACUGGAUGAAAUUAAAGCUAAUGCCAGUCCCGAGCUCCAAGCAGUGCGGAUGUUUGCAGAAUAUCUUUCAAAUGAGAGUCAAAGAGAUGCGAUUGUUGCUGAUUUGGACAAAAAAAUGGCAAAAAGUGUUGAUGUGGCCAAUACCACUUUCUUGCUGAUGGCUGCUUCAAUCUAUUUCCAUGACAAAAAUCCUGAUGCAGCUCUACGAACUCUACAUCAAGGGGAGAGUUUGGAAUGCAUGGCGAUGAUGAUCCAGAUUCUUCUAAAGCUUGACAGACUUGAUCUGGCUCGCAAGGAGCUUAAGAAGAUGCAGGAGCAAGAUGAAGAUGCGACCCUCACUCAGCUGGCUACUGCCUGGGUGAACCUGGCUAUAGGCGGUGAGAAGUUGCAAGAUGCCUAUUACAUCUUCCAAGAGAUGGCAGACAAAUGCUCCUCCACUCUGCUCCUGCUUAACGGGCAGGCAGCCUGCUACAUGGCUCAGGGCAAGUGGGAUGACGCAGAGGGAGCGCUGCAGGAGGCACUGGACAAGGACAGCAGCCAUCCUGAGACCUUGAUCAACUUCGUUGUCCUGUCACAACACCUGGGCAAACCACCAGAGGUUACAAACCGUUAUUUGUCACAGCUGAAGGAUGCACAUAAGAAUCAUCCGUUCAUAAAGGAGUAUCAGGCAAAGGAGAAUGACUUUGAGCGACUCGCCAUGCAGUAUGCCCCCAGCGCCUGAGGAGGAACGGGGCAGCAGAUCUGCUCUGUGGUACCUGGGAAGCAGGGUUGGUUCCUCAGAACCCUUCUGGUAACAUGGAAAAAUGCCCUUUGCAAGUGGGUCUGGCUUAACUCAGCGUGGCAGGGUCUGCAAUCCAGGAAACCGUUGCUGAGUUUGUAUAUAAUGUGUAGCUGCUCUAACCUGGGAGCCAAAAAGCCUCUUCUGGCUUCUGGGGUUUUCAACUCUGUUUAAAACACAGCGCGAAUCAAGUUUGCAACACUGUACCUUAAACAUUCCUAAUAAAGCCUUUUCUGGCUCUGUGUGCCCCUUAAUUUA